CCAAACCUGCAGUUGUGGUGGUGCUCCAUCACACUUUUAAUCCAGAGUGUGUUGUACAAGACAGCAGCAGAGCUGUACACAGAGAGAAUACAAUCACAGUCGACUGUCUGUUUCAUGAAGAUAAAGGAUUACUGCAGUGUCAUAGGAAUGAUGAAUCACUGUACAAAACCUUAGAAUAUAUAAACUCCCAGAGCACUGUCAAGGCAGAUAAAGAAAUGGAAACCAGUAAAAACAAACUGGAGACAAUGGGACAGGACCUGCAGGACAAGGAGCGACAACUACAGGAGAUGACGAUCAUACUGGAACAACAGAAAACUGAGUUAGCGGAAAAAAACAAACAGCUUGAAAAGACAGAGAGACUUCUAGAGGAAAAAACAAAACAGCUGCAGGAACAGACAGAUCCAGAAUCAUCAGCCCCUAACAGGAGAGGAAACAGAAAGGACGUGUUACCACCAAUAAUGGGUGGAGAAUCUUCUAGUCCACAUUCUCCAGUAUCGGUUUCUGUAACAGAACUGAGGCUGGUGCUGCUGGGGAGGACGGGGUCUGGGAAGAGUGCAGCAGGAAACAUCAUCCUGAGCAGAAAGGAGAGGAACCAGGCUGCUACAUCUACAGCUACAUCUACAUCCACCCAGCAGAGUGAGAGCACACAGGGGGAGGUGGCUGGGAGGAAGGUGACUGUGGUGGACACUCCUGACUGGUUCUCUCCUGGAGUCUCUCUGGAGAAGCUGAGACAGGAUGUUAGACUCUGUGUCCAUCUGUCUGCUCCAGGACCCCACAGCUUUCUCCUGGUUAUACCUGUUAAGCAGCCUACAGAAGAGGAGAGAGGGAUGCUGGAGAAAAUGGAGGAGAUUUUUGGAGAGAGAUGUUGGAGAAACACCAUGAUCAUAUUCAGUGUUACUGAUGAACUUCAGAAAACAAACAUUGAGGAGUUUAUCCAAUCAGGAAACCUGGAGGUCAAGAGACUAGUGGAGAAAUGUGGGGACAGGUUUCACUGUCUCAAUGUUAAGGAGAGUGGAGAUGGUUCUCAGGUCUCAGAGCUGCUGGAAAAGAUGGAGAAGAUGGUGGAAGGAAGCAGAGAGAAAUUCUACAGCAGUGAGAUCUACCUCGAGACAGAAUCUCAGAUUAGAGCAAUGGAGACUAAAAUCCUGAAGGAAAGAGAAGAGAAAAGGAUGAGAGAAGAGAUGAAAGUGAAGGAAAAAAUAGAUAAGGAGGUGCAGGACUCUCUGAGAAAAAUGGAAGGAAUAAUCCAGGAGCAUGAAGGAGACAUCAGACAACUAAAUGAACGAACAACUGUACUGGAGAGAAAGAUGAAAGAAGAGAGAGAUGAAGAAAAAAAGAGAGAACUUGAGAGGGAGUUAAAACGAGAGGUAGAGCGAAGGACAGAAAUGGAAGAAAAGGUAAAAAAACUAAAAGAAAAGAGAGAGAGGGAGAGGAGAGAGAUGGAGGAGAGGCACCAACAGGAGAUAGAGGAGAUCAGGGAGGUGUAUGAAGGAGAGGUCAGGAUGGAGACAGAGAGAAACCUCAUGAAGAUCAUCCUGCCUGAAAUCCAGAGAAACAUUUUGGCCUCAAAAACAAAGAUGCAGGAAGAGUUCAGCAGACAGAUGGAGGAGAAGAACAGAGAGCUGGAGACUCUUAAACAGAAACUUUCAGAGCUCACAGAGACUCACAGUCUGCUUGAGUGGGUUUAUGAGGUAGCUAUGAGAAGCAGCUCAGAGUAAGAGAGAGCAGCUGUAACAGGAGAGGCAUCAAAGGGAAUCUCUCAGAAAUGUAAAGACUUCUUUCACUGAGUAACAGAUUAUAGUGCCACAAAAAUUCAUGGUCUGCUUAAAGAGAUUAAUGGGAUGGGACUGGAUCAUAGACAGACAAUGAAAAUAAGAGAUUGUUUUGGUUUUGGUAAAUGAGAAACAAUAUCUGUAAUGAAACACAGGAUCUGAGUAAAACACUAGGCUCGUCAGAAACACACCCUGAGAUUGGAAUAGGUAUUGUAUGGACCUUUAUAAUGAUUAUUAAUAUUUUUUUGGUAAAUGAUAGCAUCAACCUUAUUAGACAGAUUUGCUAUUUUAAUUUACUUUUGUAUCUUUUCAGUGAACAGAUUUUAA